UUCACAAAAGUUUUCAAACAUAAGUGUUUAACCCAUACAUGGUACAUGGCUUCGGACACUCAAUAUUUCAUAAUAAUGUUACCAAUAGUGUGGAUUCUGAAGAAAAAUGAGAGAUUAGUAUGGCCCAUCCUUGGUUCACUAUUCAGCAUUGCGGUUGUAGCUACAUUUCUCGAUAACUACGUUGAAGACUACGAAGGCCUCAUUUUACCACUUCCAGAGAAACUUUACUUGUUGAAGAUGGUUUUGCAUAAUAAUCAGUGGCACCACCAAUCGAAAAGUUUUCAAGGAAACUUCAUCGGAAGCAUAGUGGGAUUAGCCUUCGGAUACCUGUUUUACAAAAACAGAAACAAGUCACCUUUCGAUAAAAAUGUGAUGAAUCAAAUCAUUUUUCACAUAUUGGUGUAUGGAUUAGGACUAGGAAUGGCAAUUCUGCCACCUGUUAUCAUCAUGAACAAAGAAACCGAACACGAUAUAUUUUGGGCUUCUCUGAACGUUGCAUUAGGUCGAACGAUUUUCAUAAUUGCCAUUGGAUCUGCGUUAUUUUUAACAUUUUUUGGAGUGGGAUGGAUCACAAAAGCUAUUCUGGAAUGGCAUCCAUCUUAUAUUUUAGCAAGAUUAUCCUUCAGUGCUUACUUGGUUCACACUACAAUAAUAUACUACAGAGUGGCCAGUUCAAGAUUUCCUACGUACGUCAGUGAUUUUCAUCUGGUAUACUAUUGGUGUGGAGAUGUGAUCACGUCCUACAUACUAGGUCUUCUCAUGACUCUUUUUGUUGAAUUGCCAACAUCCGAACUACAGAAAAUGAUGAUACCAACUAGGUCCGAGAAGAAGGAAUGAAAAAUACACUCGAAAUAUCGCUCAGCGUAAUGCUUCUCAGACAACAACAAUGUAGAUUAUACCACAUAUUAUUCGUUUACACAAUUUUGAAAAUGA